ACCAAAAGAAUUUCCGAGACGACGAUGUCCAAUCUGGGAAAGUUCAAAAUCGACACCUACAACGGGACAACCGACCCAAAGUGUCAUAUUAAGUCGUUCGUGAUAUCUGUGGCCCGAGCCAGAUUCAAGCCCGGACAGAAGGACGCCGGUCUAUGCCUACUGUUCGUGGAGCACCUCAAAGGACCCGCAUUAGAGUGGUUUUCAAGGUUGGAACGAAACUCGAUUGACAGUUUCGACGAGCUGUCAACACUCUUCCUCAAGCAAUACUCCGUGCUCAUCGACCCCGGAACCUCCGACGCAGAUCUGUGGUCUCUGUCUCAACAGCCACCGAGCCGCUUAAGAGAUUUCCUCACGACCUUCAAAUCAACGCUAGCCAAGGUUGAAGGAAUCACCGACGUAGCCGCCCUUUCGGCCCUGAAGAAAGCUCUCUGGUACAAGUCCGAGUUCAGAAAAGAGCUGAACCUAUCUAAACCUACGACAAUCCGCGACGCGCUGCACCGAGCCUCAGACUUCGUCGCCCAUGAAGAAGAGAUGGCGCUGCUAGCAAAGAGGCACGAGCCGACGAAGCAAACGCCCCGAGCCGAGAAGACUCAAGCAACACCUCCGGUCCAGAAGAAGGCUCGCGAGAGCGGGACGUAUACACAUCAUGAAGGACGCAAUUUUAAGGGAGCUCACAACUACCAGAUUGACACUCCUCGUGGCCGAGGUCGCGGCAGAGGCCGAGGUCGUGGGCGAGGAAGAGAAACCUACACUUGGACAAGAGAUCAGCCACCGAGCAACGAUCAAGAAUACUGCGAGCACCACAAAAUCUUCGGCCACCACACCUCACGAUGCCGGAGCCUCGGCGCUAAAUUAGCAACGAAAUUCUUAGCAGGAGAGCUCGGGACGAACGUCACGCUCAAGGACCUGGAGCCAGAGCCGGAUCAGCCCGAGCAGGCCAACGCCACAGGGGACCCCGAGCCAAGGAACACGAACGCCCCGAAGAGAACUCGGGAAAAUCAAGACGAAGACCGAGAUAAUACACGGCAAAAAAUCUUCACCAUAAUGGGUGGAUCGCCGUACUGUCCUGAUACCGUAGCCGCAAUCAAGGCGUAUCAACGCCGAGCCGAGGCGCCUAGCAACUGGACGAGACCCUUCGACCGACCUAACGACAUAGUCACAUUCGAGGAAAGUGAGACGAACGGGCUCGACAUGCCUCACAACGAUCCCCUCGUCAUCACGUUAGCAAUAGGAGAUCAUGACGUUUGCCGAAUAUUGAUCGACACCGGUAGCACCAUCGACGUGAUUUUCCGUGAAACGCUCCGACAAAUGAACAUUGAUAUGUCACAGGUAACACCGACCCCGAGGCCUGUCCUCGGAUUUUCGGGGGAAACUUUGAUGACGCUCGGAACCAUUCAAUUACCAGUCCGAGCCGGCGGGGUGACAAAGGUAGUCAACUUCUCAGUCACCGAUCAACCUACCAUCUACAACGUUAUAAUGGGCACGCCGUGGCUAAAUCUGAUGCGAGCUGUCGCAUCGACCUAUCACCUCUGUCGCAUAAACUCCGAAACCCUGUCACCGAAGCGAAGGCUGAAACCGAUCACAAGAAAUCAAAACUUGGCCGAAGUGAAGAGAAGGCUAUAUCUAAACAGUUAUAGCAAUUACAGAUCGAGGAGGCAGCGCGAGGAGAAGAAGCCUACCUCGGAUCCUGUAAUCUCCAUUUGCCUCGACGACGAACGGCCUGAACGAUGCGUGGAAAUUGGCAGCGACUUAACCGAGGAAAUCAAGACCGAGCUCAUCUCAUUCCUCAAAGAGAACAUCAACACCUUCGCCUGGUCAGCUGAAGAUCUACCUGGGGUAAGCAUCGACGUAAUCUGCCACGAGCUGAAUGUUGACCCGUCUUUCAAGCCCAUCAAGCAGAAGCGAAGAAAAUUGGGUCGGGAUCGCGCAGAUGCCGUGAACGCCGAAAACGGCAAGUGGAGAGUUUGCGUCGACUUCACCGAUCUGAACAAAGCUUGCCCUAAAGAUAGUUUUCCGCUCCCACACAUCGAUCGCUUAGUGGAAGCAACCGCGGGGAACAAGUUACUAUCGUUCAUGGAUGCUUUCGCGGGAUACAACCAGAUUUUCAUGCACCCCGAUGAUCGCGAGAAACAGCGUUUAUCACAGACCGAGGGCGAAUUUCUGGGAUAUCUUGUAACUCACCGAGGCAUCGAAGCAAAUCCGAAGCAAAUUGAUGCUCUACUGAACAUGCCCUCGCCACAAAACAAACGCGAAGUUCAACGUCUCACCGGGAGAGUCGCAGCCCUGAACCGAUUCAUCUCGCGAUCAACAGACAAAUGCCUGGCUUUCUACGAUACUCUGCGCGGGAACAAGAAAUUCGAAUGGACCGAUCGCUGCGAAGAAGCUUUCCAGGAACUGAAGAAGUAUUUGGCUAAUCCACCGGUGUUGGCAAAACCAGUCCCGGGCGAGCCGUUAUUUCUGUACAUCGCCGUCUCAGAUACAGCAAUAAGCGGAGUCAUCGUUAGAGAAGACAGAGGAGAACAGAAACCGAUAUUUUAUGUCUCGCAAACUUUCACCGACGCGGAAACACGCUACCCGCAAACUGAAAAGCUCGCCCUCGCCGUAGUAAUGUCAGCUCGGAAGCUACGGCCGUAUUUCCAAUCUCACUCAAUUGUCGUCAUGGCGCCCGUAUCACUUCGAACCAUCCUGCAUAGUCCGAGCCAAUCGGGACGCCUGGCCAAGUGGGCAGUAGAACUCAGCGAGUAUGACAUCGAAUACAGGAACAAAACAUGCGCGAAAUGUCAAGUCCUGGCCGAUUUUAUCAUCGAGCUACCAACAGAGAACGCCCGAGAAGAGUCACCCGAUGCCGUCUGGAUCCUCCACGUUGACGGUUCGUCCUCAAAACAAGGUUCUGGCGUCGGGAUCCGCUUGGCGUCACCAGAAGGUGAAAUCCUUGAGCAAUCUUUCCGGCUAAACUUUGACGCAACUAACAACGUGGCGGAAUACGAAGCGCUGAUAGCCGGACUAAAGCUGGCUCGGGGACUUAAGAUCAACAAGCUACGAGCCUUCUGCGACUUCCCAGCUCGUGGCCAACCAAUUUAACGGAGAGUACGUGGCUCGGGAUGAACGAAUGGAAGCAUAUCUGGCUCUCACACAAGACCUGGCAAAACAGUUCGGAGAGUUCGAGUUAACCAGAAUCCCGCGAGGCGAGAACACAUCGGC